AUGCGCCUCAGCUUAAUCGUACUGUACAGCCUUUUGCUCAGCGCACUUUCUUGCUACGGCGCAAUAUACCAGGAUGCAGCUGAACUCCCCGGUACUGAGUUCGACUUUCUGGUCGUUGGCGGCGGAGCGGCAGGCGCGGUUGUGGCCAAUCGGUUGACUGAGGAAGACUUUUCGGUUCUUGUUCUUGAGGCUGGUCCAUCCGACCACAGUGUGCUGUCGAUUGAAAUACCGUGGCUGGUGGGAUUAUUAGGAAAUACCCCAUACGAUUGGAAUUACACGACCGUAGUGCAGCCUGGAUUCAACAACAAGGCCAUUGCUUUUCCAAGAGGCCAUGUGCUUGGAGGGAGCACGUCCAUUAAUUCGAUGAUAUAUACUCGCGCUUCUCCAGAGGAUUACGACCGUUACGCAAACUUUACAGGAGAUCAAGGCUGGUCUUGGGAGAACCUUAAGCCGUAUGUCUUCAAGAAUGAAAGAUGGACUCCACCUGCCGAUAGUCACAAUACUACCGGACAAUAUGACCCAGCUAUACAUAGCUUGGACGGCAUGAAUGCUGUCAGCCUAGCGGGCUAUCCCCACCCUACUGAUAAACGGGUUUUGAGAACAACAUCCGAAUUCCCUGACGAAUUUCCGCUUCUGCUUGAUGUUAACUCUGGGGUACCCCACGGUAUAGGAUACAUGCAAGCCACCAUCGACGGCGGCAGGAGAAGUAGUUCCGCCGUAUCGUAUCUGGGUCCGGAAUUUAUCAAUAGGACAAAUCUGCACGUGUUGCUCAAUGCACAAGUGACCAGAAUUCUCAGGAGCAACAGGGCCGAGCUUAACUUCGAUGUCGUAGAAUUUUCUGCGUUCUCCGAGGGAUCAACACGCCUCUUCAACGUUACAGCGGUCAAAGAAAUAAUCCUUUCAGCUGGUACAAUAGGAACGCCCCACAUACUGCUCAAUUCUGGGAUCGGUGACGCCGCGGAACUUUCUGAAGCUGGGGUACAAGUUGUUGUCGAUCUUCCUGAUGUCGGAAAAAAUUUGUCUGACCAGCCUAAAUUUUGGAACAAAUGGUAUGUCGACACUACGAAUACCUGGGACGACAUUCUCCGGAACCUGACGUACCGGAAUGAAUUCGUGGCUCAGUGGAAUGAAACGCAGAUGGGACCCUUGGUGGACACAUUGCAGAGUCAUAUCAUGUGGUCUCGUCUCCCAAACGAUUCGCCAAUUUUUGAGCGGUUUGCUGAUCCAGCAGCUGGGUUGAACACGCCCCAUAUUGAACUAGGCAUCCAAAAUGGAUGGGGUUUGCCAGCUACUACUAUCCCAGAAUCCGGAUACUUCAUGAGCAUAGCAACCUGUGUUGUAUCCCCAACCUCGCGUGGAUCGGUCAAACUCAAUUCUUCCGAUCCUCUGGGCCCUCCACUCAUCGAUCCAGGAUAUCUAUCGAGUGAAUUCGACGUUUUCACGUUGGUAGAAGCAGUAAAAAGCGCUCUGCGGUUUGUGUCGGCGUCGGCGUGGAAUGACUAUGUUCUGGAGCCAUACGGUGAAUUAGCACAGGCAACGACAGACGAAGCACUGGAACAGUAUGUCAGAAACAAUGCAGGCUCGGCUGCUCACCCCGUUGGGACCGCCAGUAUGUCCCCAAAGUCUGCAGAUUACGGCGUUGUAGAUCCAGACCUGCUUGUAAAGGGCGUCUCUGGGUUGCGUGUCGUCGACGCAUCUAUCUUUCCAUUCGUUCCCGCUGGUCAUACCCAGGUUCCAACGUAUAUAAUAGCGGAACGUGCAGCAGAUUUCAUCAAGUCAAAGUGGACACAGCAACGCAAUCUGUGA